AUGACUCCCAGCUCUCGGGAAGCGCAUUCAGGGGAUAGCAGCAGCAGCGGGCCUGUGGUGUGCGUGGCGGCGGCGGCGGUCACGCCGCGCACCCGCGCGCAGCGUGCCAUCAGUGACCCAUGUCAUGGACAAUUGGACAUGUUUCCAUCGCUCUUCGACUCAGUACCUAAAACCAGGUCUCAAUUCGUAAAUGACCUGGACAUACCAGAGAUUCCUGUAACUCCAUACAUCUGGACUCCAGAGGUGUCACCAAGGCACAGUAUAUCGUCGCUCAGUGAAGAGGAAGUUAGGACAGAGUCGUCUGACUCAAGUUUAGCGCUGUCCAGGGCUAUGACAGACUCGGAGAUAGAUUAUGAGAGGUUUAGACGGUUUCAGAAAAGAACUCUCAGUGAUCCGUGGUUAGAAAUGAGAAAAGUUUUGAACUCUUUUCCCCCUGGAUAUUUAGAUUCACUGAAUAAUUUCAGCUAUCAAGAAUCAGAAUCCGAAUGUACCGAUACCGAUUCAAUAAUCGGUAAACCCAAUUACAAUGAGGAAUUACGUCUGAAGAUGGAGCGGUUCUUCGAAGAGGAGUGCAGAGCGUUCAGUCCUGAUGACCCUGGGUACAUUGCGCUUCAGGAGGCUCUAGCUGAUUCGGAAGUAAAGGUAUAA